UAUAUAGAAAUCAUGGGUAGAAAGCCUUGUUGUUCUAAAGAAGGAUUAAACAAAGGGGCAUGGACUCCUUUGGAGGAUAAAAUUUUAAUAGAUUAUAUCAAAGUUCAUGGUGAAGGAAAAUGGAGAAAUCUUCCCAAAGGAGCUGGUCUUAAAAGAUGUGGAAAGAGUUGUAGACUAAGGUGGCUAAAUUAUCUAAGGCCAGACAUCAAGAGGGGAAAUAUAAGUCCAGAUGAAGAAGAUCUCAUAAUCAGACUACAUAAGCUUCUUGGAAACAGAUGGUCUCUGAUAGCCGGAAGGCUACCAGGACGAACAGACAAUGAAAUCAAGAACUAUUGGAACACCAACAUUGGGAGAAGACUUCAAGAAGGAACACGUUCUGGUCAACCAAAUCGCGUAACAUCUUCAAAUCGUCAACGCCAUCGUUCUAGUCAUGCAAAAUCAACCAUACCAAACCCAAUUGCCCAACUACAACCAAAUAAUCAAGAACAUGCGAGUCCUCGGGAUUCACAAUAUUUGCUAACGGACGUUAGACACGGGGGAUCAUUGUCCUCCUCCUCCCCGUGUUUGGUUGUCCACACAAAGGCAAUCAGGUGCACUAAAGUUUUUAUGAGUCCUAAUACUAGUAAUUCAGUAGUAGACCCACAUGAGACUACUGAAAAUGAUAACAAUCACAAGGUAAUGACAGAGGAAAACGUGACAACUAAUAUUUUAACAUCUUCUUCAUCAUCGUUCUCAAUUUCAUCAUUGUCCGAGCAAGUACCACAACAACAACAACCAGUAUCAGAAUCAUAUUCGCCAACAAAUUUGUCCGCAACGGAGAAUUAUAACUUCAAUUUCAUGUUUGGUUUCGAUGUUGACGAUCCUUUUCUAGCUGAGCUUCUUAAUGCACCUGAUUUACGUGACCAAAUUUUGGAAAAUAGUACUACUACUAGUAGUACUAUUGUUAAUGGUGAUCAUGAAAUUGGUGACAUUAAUAAUUCCAACAAAAAUGAAAGGCAAAGGAGCUAUUUUCCUUCAAGUUCUAGUCAAAUUGCAAUUUUCUCAGAAGAGACGCAACACAACGAUUUGGAACUUUGGAUUAACGGGUUCUCUUCUUGAUAAUUAUUUGAGAUGUGUACGUUGUUGAUGACACAAUUCAUAACU